AACACAUUCUUCGGCUUUGGGUCAAGUUGGCCAAGGAGGCUUGGCUGCCACGCUGCUGAAAAGGCUGGACAUCUUACGGCCUCCAGAUUGUGAAAAAUGCCGCCGUCUUUCAGGGAAUAUGAGGGAGCAACGGCAAACGAGCGGACACCCUUGCUGCGCCGGGCAAUGUCCGAGACGCAGGAUGUGCCUACGACCUCGACCGCCUCACAAAGGCUUCAACAGCACUGUUCGCAUUCGCACUCGCAUUCCCAGCUGUACGAAAUUGAUGCAAAACUUAAACGUUGGCGCUCAGCAGUAGCGACCAAGUUCAAGCACCUUUCCGCGUCCAAGGCAAGAGAAACUCACCCUCAAGCCUUACUGAGUGUCUUUGGCACACCUGGCCACGUGCAUCAUGCUGUAUGGAUCGACCCUGCCCAUUACGGAUCGGCAGUGAAAGGCCCGGCUGCUCCUCCCCAAUCGAGGCGCGAGGAGGAGAUUAAGGAAAUGAGGCAGAAGAAAAUGGAUGAAGAACAGCUCGAAUUCGAGCGCGAGAUCGCUGCAGCCAAGGAGGCUAUCAGCCAUGGUAUCCAACCCAAGAUGAUCUCCAAGGGCACGUCUGGCUCCUAUUUUGUGCGCGCCAGAAUCGUGGAUACCAGUACAAACAACAACGUUACAGAACAGGCCCCAGGGAUUGAGACGGUAGCGGUAUUUAAGCCAAAGGACGAAGAACCGUACGGCAACCUCAAUCCCAAGCGCAAAUUUUUGCGCAAAUAUCUGUGGUGGGCUAUGGGCCGACCGUGUCUCAUACCCAACUUCUCCUACCUCUCUGAAGUAGGCGCUUCCUACCUCAAUGACCGCAUGGGAAUCGACAUGGUCCCGCCAACCACGCUCGUCGAACUCUCCAGCCCUGCCUUCAGCUACGACUACGAGACGCGGAGACUCUUCCGCGCAGAUGCACACGCCCAUCCUCUACCAACUAAGAUCGGUUCAUACCAGCGUUUCCUGCAUGGGUUCGUAAAUAUGAGCGAUUUCCUGCGUCAGCACCCCUGGCCGCCAGAUGCGGGCGGGCGACCGCAGAGCGUGCAGGAGAGAGACUUCAAGGAGGAGGCCAAAGCACACAAGAAGGCCAGGAGGCGCAGCAAGGCAAGGUUGAGGAGGUGUGCCGCUGGAUGUCUCGAUACCCUGCUCUGCAAGCGUGACUUGGACUAUUCAGAGGUUCAAGGCAGGCAGCAAAGUGGAGGGGAGGACACGAAUGGUGAUGUCUACCCCAGUCAUCGACUCUCGAUGGUCAACGGGAUUCACCAUCAGUCUUCCGAUAUCGGCGCGGAGUUCCAUUGGACCACAGAGUUGAUGGAGUCGUUCCGCUUGGAGCUUGAAAAGCUGGUCGUGCUCGACUACCUGAUGCGCAACACGGAUCGCGGACUGGAUAACGCGAUGGUGAGCGUAUGGUCUACGAAGCCCGACUUGGCUUCCGGCGCACCAGCUCCAGGGAGUGGCGGCAGUGGCAGUCAGGAUAGUAUUGUGAGAAGGAUGAAGAUCGGCGCGAUCGACUCCUCGCUGUCCUUUCCGCAUUCGCACCCGUCCGGCAUGCGAGAAUACCCUUUCGGAUGGCUCUGGCUCCCGUCCUCGCUCAUCGGCCAACCGUUUAGCGCCGGCAUCCGAGCGCAGCUGCUGCCCGUUCUCAACGAUCCUUUGUGGUGGCGCGAGACAGUUGCGGGCCUACGCAUAAUUUUCGAGAAGGAUCGGUUCUUCGAUGAGGCGAUCUUCGAGAGGCAAAUGGCGCUGCUCAAGGGCCAAGGCUGGAAUAUCGUGCAGAGCUUGAGAAACCCGGAAGAAGGACCCUUGGAACUCUGUGCACGUCUCAAAAAGGUCGUUAAGACGGACAGGCGUGAUCUACCGCUCAGCGAGCUAUUCGACCCAGCUAAUGCAGAUGGAGUAUCGAUCGUCCUGCUCGAUUCUAGCAUCCAAUUUCCCUUUGUUGGGCCAUCGGACGAAAUCAUCCAGGCGACGGGCAAACACGCAGUCGGAGCCGGUCCAGCCACCCCUUUACCGGCGUCUGCGAGCAUUGUACGUGCGGCAACAGCACCAGACGGUCCACUCCCUUCUACUGCUGCGACUGCAAGGUCUAUCCCACAACCCCUUCCAGGUUUGCGAGAUCCGAUGGCGAAAAUACUGCGUGAAGCCGGGAGCCGCAGGAGAGCAAUGUCGCCGCAUAGCAAAGGUAGCAAUGCUGGUGUUGGCAGCGGCCAUGCAGAAGCAUUAGGGGGGAUCGCUCCGAGAGUGGUAGACGAGGGCGAGGGUGUACAGGAGCAGCUUGGCAUCGAAGUUGUCGCCGAGCUCGAGAAUGCGGCGCGCAAGGCUGGGUUCCCCAAGUACAUGCGCCAGGCGCGCUCGCGCAUCUCGAGAGAUGCAGCGAAUUCAUCGACAGGAGCGAUAUCGAUCGAGAGCGUUCUUGCACAAGCGGUUGCGGAGGAGCGCGGUGAUCAGGAGGGGGAGACAGACGUACCCGGCAGUCCAGAGCUCGAGGAGCAGGCGAUGAAUCUGUCCGUCGCUUCCUUGCCUUCGACGAUGGGUCUGGUCGCUCCGCCUUUGAGCAGGCGCGCCCAAACUGCUAGGGCUCGGGGCAGCACGGUAGGCACGGCCGCGACUCCCAGAUGGGGACCAUUCAUCGGCUCAGGCGUCGCAGGCGCUACCAGUGGCGAGCAGGCCGAGCCAAAAGUGUUGACAUUGGUUGAACGACUUUUGACAGAUAGGAGUCGGGCAUUAUUGAAAUGGUACUAAUUGCGACAUUGGCAUUUACGAAAGUUCACGAACGAUCGAUCACGCGGCAUCAUCUCAUGGUUUAGCACAGCAACACAGCACUCAAAAGAUACCACACUACCUUACAGUACAAUUCUUCUCACUCAGCAUACAAGUACAAUCCACAUGUGCAUCCUACAGGUAUUGAUCCCCUCAGAAAAUAUGCAUCUUGCACUACAUGAUGUCAUCGGAAAGGAGAGUGGCAUGUGAAUCCGUGACGACUCAUCCGCUCAUGUCAUCGGCAGAGAAGCAGUAGUGCCAUGCUGCAACCCAUGAGGGUCGUACGACAGGGCCAUGCUGUUUAGCAUACUUGAGCUGGACUCGCCAAAGCCGGUGCCACUGGCCCCUUCAAAGGCGCCCCA